UAGAACAGCCUGCAUCCUCAUCCAAUCGAAUUUCUCGCCCUGCAAGCCAGAAUGCAAUCAGUGAUGUUAUGAACAUGAGAGGUGUAUCUAAUUCUCAUUCAUCAAGUUUAUGUAAUGAAAAAGAAACUUCACAAGAUCCAUCAAGAUUUAAGAACAUGAAUUCAUCUGUUCCACAAUCUUUUGCACCUGCUGUUGGUUCAUCUUUAUCAAGAAGUAGAACACCUGAAACUCAAUUGGUCAGAAAAGCCCCUACUCCUGGCAUGCCUCCUCUGAGUAAAAGAUGCGUUGUAGGAGGAAAUACAGUAAAUGAGGUUGCAGAUGUGGCAUCUUCUUUAUCUGGCUUAAAUCUCUCAAAAACUCGCCUUCCUGAUGGAGAUAAUAAUCAUUCACAAUCUAGUUACCUUGAUCCUAUAAAUGAUCAGAGGCUAAGUUUUCAGCAUCAGGUUGCUGAUAACUCAAGGAAAGACAAUCUUGGAAUGCAUUCGAAAUAUGAUUUUCAUAGGGACAAUGCAAACUUACCUGACUUGAGUGUUGGAAAGUCAGCCAUUGAUGGACCAGUUAACUUUCACAGAAGGGCAGCUUCUUCUGCUGACCUAAAUUCUCACAGGAACAUGUAUGAAUUUGCAAAUUUAGAAAGUUCCAGAAUAUGUAAUCAAGUCGAUAACUUUAUGGAUUUAUCUAGUCAGAUUCCUGCUAGAUACUCUGCUCCGAUUAAUCACCUUGCUUCAGCUUCAGCUUUAAACACAGCUGGAAAGGGGCAAUUUUUGAGGCGAUGUAACUACCCACCUGUAUCUAACUUUCAUUCAUCAAUCAUGGGUUCACGACAUGGUCAAUGCAUGGUCAACACACACUCAGCUAAUCUUCCUUUGGGAUGUAAUAAUUUUGUUGUUUCACAUGGCCAUGAAGAUAUGCAGGCUCUUCAGAAAGUGUAUCUUGAAGCACUGCUUGCUCAACAUAACCAACAAUACAGUUCACCACUUUUUGGAAGAUCUGGAAGCUUAAAUCAUCUAUAUGGGAAUCCCACAUAUAAUCAUGGCAUUCCAUAUCAAGGAAACUUACUUGAAAAUUCUACACGUUCAUCAGUUGGAUCCAGACAGUUGUCACAACAAUUUGCUCCUGCUUUUAGAAAUUCAGUGGGUGGAGUUUCUGGAUCUUGGAAUCCGGAAGGUGAUAUGAGCUUAGAUAGAAGAUAUGUUUCUUCAUUGUUGGAUGAGCUCAAGAACAACAAAAACAAGUCUUUUGAACUCUCUGAUGUUGUUGAUCAUGUGAUUGAGUUUAGUACCGAUCAAUAUGGAAGCAGGUUUAUUCAGCAGAAGCUUGAAUCGGCCACAGUUGAAGAAAAGAAUAUAAUAUUUCCCGAAAUUGUCCCUCAUGCACGUAGUUUGAUGACUGAUGUGUUUGGGAAUUAUGUCAUACAAAAAUUCUUUGAGCAUGGGACUAAAAGUCAAAGAAGGGAGUUAGCUGGUCAACUCAUCGGUCAUGUUUUGCCUCUUAGCCUUCAAAUGUAUGGUUGCAGAGUUAUUCAGAAGGCAUUGGAGGUUGUUGAAGUUGAUCAACAGACAGAAAUGGUGGCUGAGCUUGAUGGUUCAAUCAUGAAAUGUGUUCGUGAUCAGAAUGGUAAUCAUGUAAUCCAGAAAUGUAUUGAAUGUGUGCCUCAAGAUCGUGUUCAGUUUAUAGUUUCUUCUUUCUUUGGACAAGUUGUUUCUCUUUCAUCACAUCCUUAUGGAUGUCGAGUCAUUCAGAGGGUAUUGGAGCACUGUGAUGAUCGAAAUACACAAGCUGUAAUGGAUGAAAUCAUGAACUCGGUUUGUACUCUAGCACAAGACCAAUAUGGAAAUUAUGUUAUUCAGCAUGUCCUACAACAUGGUAAACCCUAUGAGCGAUCAGCUAUCAUCAACAAGAUUGCAGGAGAAACAGUGAAGAUGAGUCUGCAAAAGUUUGCUUCAAAUGUUGUUGAGAAAUGCUUAACUUAUGGAAGCCCAGAUGAACGCCAACUUCUUGUAAACGAAAUGCUUGGUUCCACUGAUGAAAACGAGCCAUUACAGGCAAUGAUGAAAGAUCCUUUUGGAAAUUACGUUGUCCAGAAGGUUCUAGAAACUUGUGAUGACCAGACACGCGAACUCAUCCUCUCGCGUAUAAAAGUCCACUUGGCGGCUCUAAAACGAUACACGUUUGGUAAACACAUUGUCUCUCGUGUGGAAAAGCUAGUCACUUCAGGAGAAAAGCACAUUGCAUCAUCGAGCUCAAGAUCUUGAAAGUGAAACAUUCCAGUUUCUAUAAAGAAGGAUGAUCUCUAUGCAUGUGAAUAUGAUGAAUGGUAUGGUAAAUACCAAAUAUAGGGGACAUAGAGAGAGAGAGAGAGGGAGGGUUGUAGAUGGGGUUUUGAUUUAUUGUGAUGGGGGGGUUGUAAAGAGACAAGUGUAAAUGACGGAAGAUGGGGAUUAGUAGAAAAGUUGAAAAGGGAAAACAUGUAUGAGGUUUAUGUAUGUAUAGGACCUGGUUUUUAUGUAAAUGUGUUGGAUUUUGAUUCUGAAAGAAGUGGUAUUUUUUGGAAAAUUUAUGUUUUGUUUCAUCAUGGUUGUGGACUUGUGGGGGGUGCCCAUCUUUCUUCUUCUUAUAUAUUUUAAAAAGCACCACUAUACUAUUUUGCAUAUGUAUGACAGAACAAAUAUUGCAGUUUUUAUUUUAUUUUUUGACAGCAUGUAUUUUAUUUUGACACCACAAAUAUUGCAGUUUUUUAUACUGUUUUUUUUUUGACAGCAUGUGUUUGCUGCUGUUUUUGACAGCACAAAUAUUGCAGUUUUUUACAGCAUCAGUAUUGCUGUUUUUUUUUGGCUGUUUUGACAUGUUUUUAGUUGUUUUUAACUACUAAUUUUGUUAUUUUUACAUAGAAUUGCAGAUUUUUGUCAUGAAGCUCACUGCUAUGCAGACUUGGAAGUUUUUUGGGUCCUUGUAAUGAAAUGAAGAAAAGUUGCACCUUAUGUUUUUUGGGCUUGCUUUU